CGUUGAACGUAAAAGUAUUGUCCAGCAUUGUCUACCACCGUCGCCACCUUUGCUUUGCUACGCAUUUGCUACAUUUGCUAGUUGUCAAACGAGAAGAAAUGAAAAAUGGCGGAUGAAAAUGAGGAUCAGUGGUUGUACGGAGAUUCAACUGACGGAAAAGAAUAUACACCAGCAUCGAUUCAACCAGAAAAUCAAGAUGAAAGCGAUUCGCUUCCCGCUACCGUACAAGAGAAAUCACAAACUCCGGAGGAUCAAAAGACAGAAGAUGUUCCUGACCCACCUACAGAGACACCUGAGGAGACAGAACCUCCUGAGGAAGAAUCUCCCACGACUAACAGUGCACAAAAUGAAAACAAUACAGAGGUGAAUAAAAAUGGUAUGAGAGAAACUUCCAGUCAAGAAGAUGGUGAAGCAGCAAGUGAUUCGGAUUCUGAUGACGAUGUGCAUGUUGUUAUUGGUGAUAUUAAAUCAACACCUGCAUAUGGCAGUCUUAAUAUUAAAAGAGGUGGCCUGCUCACAAAUGCAUCAGGUGUGCCUGAUAAAUUAAAUAAACAACCAGGAAAAUUUAGUAUAGAUGAAUUUGAGACCAUAGGUGUUAUCAAUGGUAUACCUGCCCAUGAGUUUAAUUUAGACCAACUAGAGGACAAACCAUGGAGACAACCUGGUGCAGACAUUACUGAUUAUUUCAAUUAUGGUUUUAAUGAAGAAACAUGGAGAGCUUACUGUGAAAGACAAAAGAGAAUGAGAAGUGAAUCUGGAGUUGGUUUGGUAUUGAAUGCUGGAGGAGGUAGUGGAAGUUCAGGCAGCAUGAGAGUACCCCAAGUCGCAAUUACUAAUGAUAACAGUAAAUACUCUGGUAUAAUGGGACCAAAGAGAGCAGGGCCACCUCCAGGAAGAAAAAUGGCAGGGACAAUAGACGUGAUUGGAAGUUCAGGUUUAGCUUCUAGGAGAAAUCUUGAUAAAUCUCCACCCAAAGGAAACGUAAUACAAGUAAUGACCGCAGAUAGAAGAGAAUAUUCUAGGAAACCAGGUUUUCCUGAUAUGAGCGUGCCACCGCCAGGAGCAGGAAUGCCUCCUGCAUUCGACAUGCCUCCUCCUGGAUAUCCCAGCGAGCCGGCUUCAUUUUACAUACCAGAAACGGAUCCAUACUAUCAGAGCUAUGAACCUACACAAGAUAAUCAGUGGGGCAAUGAUCCGACAUGGCAACCGACAAAUUUGGCUAUUCCUAUGACGGAAGGGGAUGACGAUAAAGAUACUGGCCCGAAAACAAUACCAACUAUGGUACCUCCUACAAAUAUUCCGCCUAUGUCAAUGCCGCCCAGAGAUUCUCGAGACCGUGAAAGGGAUCGAGAAAGAGAUCGUGAUAGAGAAUUAGAUUCCAUGGGGAGGGACAGAGAGAAGGACAGAGAUCGCGAUCGUGAGAGAGAAAAGGAUUCCAUGAUCAGAGAACGAGAGAGGGACUCGAUGUCGCGAGACGAAGACAGAGAACGCGAUAGGUCUCGAUCUCAAUAUCGACACAAAGAUCGACACCGGCAUCGAUCGAGAUCGCGGUCUCGUAGGCAUAAAUCAAGGUCCAGAAGUCCGAGUCGACGCAAGAAGAAAUCUAGACGUUCCGAGAGGGAACGUUCUAAAGAAGAAAGUGAAUAAAACUGAAGAAACUUAUGUCCGAUCGCCCGCGGCCACAUCGCCGCGAGUGUAUCAAGAUCGCAGAUCUUUUUUUUUUAAUAAUGUAAUUUUUCACAUUCACUAUCAUGAGGAUUACACAUUGGUACAAUUAUUAUUUUACGAAGAGUAGCAAGGAAUACAUGCAGAAAAUUGCUUCAUCUUAUGUGAGACCGUUAUUUGUCUCUCACCUGUAUUUCGACAUAGCUAUCUAUUAAAUGAAUUAUGAUCAGUAAUAAAUAAAUUUUAUCUUUAAAAGUA